AUGCCAUCUAGAACAGCACUUCAUGCGGGGUCGUGGUACUCAAAUAGUGCCAAGACUUUGACAGGCCAGCUGGAUGAAUGGCUCGGCCAGGUGCCGGAGACCAUGGAUCAUAUCGAUUCCCUCCCAGUUCCCGGGGCUCGAAUCAUUAUCGCACCCCAUGCAGGGUUUUCCUACUCAGGUCCCUGUGCGGCCUUUGCCUACAGAGUACUUGACUUGUCCAAGGCAAAGCGAAUCUUCAUCCUCGGGCCAUCUCAUCACCACCCUCUGUCAACACUGGCCCUGCCUAAAGUGACAUCCUACUACACCCCGCUUUCGGAUGAGCCGCUCCCAUUAGAUACUGAACUAAUCACCAAGCUCCUAGCGACCCAGGCUACGAAAUCAAAUGGGUCAAAGCUCAGCUUUACUACCAUGUCCAAGUCGGUGGAUGAGGAGGAACACAGCAUCGAGAUGCAUCUCCCAUACAUCCACCGUCUCCUCCAGCUAGAAUACCCCAAGGCUUCUCCCGCCGAGUACCCACCGCUCGUUCCUAUCAUGGUGGGCAGCACAUCGGCAGACACCGAAAAGGCAUUCGGGACUCUCCUAGCUCCCUACCUAGCCGAUCCUGAGAAUGCCUUUGUUAUUAGCUCCGAUUUCUGCCAUUGGGGUCUUCGUUUCCGCUACACGUACUACGUCCCGCAGGCUCCGACGCCAGGCCCUGUUCUGCCGCUUUCAAGCGACAUACUGCCUCGGCCGGGCGCGGACCCCCAAGUGGUUGCUCAGGAUAUUCAGAGUGUCUCCGCAGGACAAAUGUUACGUCGGCAAGAUCGCAUCGCUCCGGGCGAGCCCGCCAUACAUGAAAGUAUCUCGGCAUUUGAUAUUGCUACCAUGGCAGCUAUCACGACAGGCUCAACGAAGACCUUCCUUGACGCUAUAGAUAGCACUCAUAACACCGUUUGUGGCCGUCACCCCAUUGGGGUGAUUAUGGCCGCCCUGGAGGCUGUGACGGCCGAUAAGCCGGCUGAGAAUCAAGGCAAGUUUCACUUCCUUCGGUAUGAACGCAGUGAGGACGUGGAGGAUGUUUCUGAAAGCUCAGUGAGCUAUGUUUCGGCUUAUGCUGUUCUCUAA